GCGCGCGAUCCGGACUCAGUUACGCGGCGGCCGGCCACCCGUGCAAGAGCGUAUCGUUUUCUUGCAAAACGUGCCCGCGUUGUUCCUCACUUCUCUUCUUCUCUCUCUCUCUCUUUCUCUUUUCUCUCACACAUCUUUCAUUCUUCAAUUAAUUCUCUCGAUUGUCCAUCGGAUUACGUCGAUUAAUCGUACGGUUUUUAAUAUCCGUGUCAACGACUGUGUCAACGCCAGUUUCGUGUGGUAAGCAGCUCGUGCAUCGUGAGAUAGAGCGUGUCAAGUGUAAGAAAACUGGGGAUUACACACGCGAACGAGGAAGAAAAGGUGGUGCACAGCCAAGGACGUUCGUAUUUGAGUUUCGCGUGACCAACGGGAGAGAGGGAGUUUGCUAGCGCGUUCGAACGCGCGUGGUUCCGCGUGUACGCGGUUCGGCCUGUGUCUCGUGGUUACCUUCUGACAGCUUCCCGUUAAGCUGCGAUUUGCGGACGCGCGACACGAACAUCGGUUUGGAUAUUUCCGACGUAAGAACAUUCGGAGACACGAUUCGAUCGGUGUGAAGAGUGUACGACGAGCCGAUGCUGAAGGGAUCCGUCGACGCGACCGGUUCGAACGGCUCCGUUUUGGAGAACGUAACAACGAUUACAGUGAGAAGAACGAUGUCGCCCGUUGGGAGGGAGGAACGAUAAAUUUUCGUAUUAAACCGAGGAACGUAACACAGGAUUCUGCAUGCGAGAAGUGUUCGAGCUCCUCGGUGGAGUGCUUACCUCCGAAGACCUAUUCCAGAAGGAUUCAUCUAGCCCUACGACAACGCAGACAGGGCAGCUGCAUUCGCCGAACGGCGACAGCGAUAACAGCAACGGUAGCCAACGUGCGGUGGCUAUUACGCGUAACGACGUAGAACAACAGCAACAGCCACAUCGCCAGCGGCAGCAACGGCAGACGGCAGCUACCGUUCCGGUUCUCGCCUGCACGAAUCACUCAUCGACAACCACGACAACCACCGCGUUUACGGUAGCUUCAAGUAUGCUUCUGUUACAGACGCAGAGCCCUUUCGGAUGUAGUACUCUGGCGGAUUUGUUGAGCGCAUCGUACACGGACUCCGCGGAUGCGGGAAGUCUGCCGGAAGAGCUAGACCCAUUUCCGGAACUGCAGCUGGGUAAUCCGCAAGGAGUACCUACGGCUGAGGAAUCGGCUGCUCAAGCACAGCAGACGGUGCAUCAUCAGCAAGCACCGCAACCGCCCCCGACGGCAGCUCCUCUCCCCGAGGACGUACAACCAGAUUCGCUUAGCUCAACACCCUUGCCGAGCUUCCAAGAGACUUACACGGCUCAACGAUACACCAGACAGGAGCUUCAGGUUCUCGGCAUAAAAAUGGACGAGAGCGAAUGUUACGACAACCCGGUUUAUCCCUGCGUACCUGCCCACUAUACCACCGAGUUCUCGCCCUCGAUGCCCUACCACGAGCACCAACAGCAACCGCAGCAACACCAUCCUCAUCACCAUCCUCAGCAGCAGCAACCGGCGCCGCCACCGCCGCAACAGCAACAUCAUCAUCAUCACCAUCACCAGGGUUAUUUCGCGACCGAGUCGGCACCCACGCCAACCACGACCGUUCCACCACCGUCGAAUCACCGACAAAAUUCACCGUACAGCGCUGCGGUCAGUGUACCCAUGGUAUAUGGACCACCGUCGACCAUCACCGGCGGUGCCACCCCUCUUGCAACGACGGACAUUUAUCCCAACGUCGACAACGUGGUUGUGGGGACACCUCGGUCACGGCGGGCGUCCCUGCCCACGCAGAGGUCAGAGUCUGUGAGUGGCAGCACAGAAUCACCGAAGGGGCGCGGCGGAAAUGGAAGUACCGUGAGCACUCCGUCACCCGGUAGCGGAACCAGCAACGAUCGGGCACCACCGAGCCCCAGCCAACUUUGCGCCGUUUGUGGCGAUACAGCGGCGUGUCAACAUUACGGUGUGCGUACCUGCGAGGGUUGUAAGGGAUUCUUCAAACGGACCGUACAGAAGGGAUCGAAAUACGUGUGCCUGGCAGAGAAAGCUUGUCCGGUGGACAAACGUCGACGGAACCGUUGUCAAUUUUGUCGCUUCCAGAAGUGCCUGAUGGUCGGCAUGGUGAAAGAAGUCGUUAGGACGGAUUCCUUGAAGGGUCGCAGAGGUCGACUACCAUCCAAGCCAAAGUCACCGCAAGAAUCCCCACCGAGUUCACCGGUUUCCCUGAUCACAGCCUUGGUACGCGCACAUUUGGACACGACGCCUGAUCAAGCGACAUUGGAUUACUCUCAGUACCGACAACCGAAUCCGGCCGAUCCGCCGAUUACGGAGGCUGAGAAGACUCAACAGUUCUACAACCUGCUGACCACGUCCAUCGACGUGAUACGUACUUUCGCCGAUAAAAUCCCUGGUUUCACGGAUCUGGUGCGGGAAGAUCAGGAGUUACUUUUCCAGUCAGCAAGCCUGGAACUCUUUGUUCUUCGAUUGGCGUACCGUACGAAGCCGGAGGAUACCAAGCUAACGUUUUGCAACGGUGUUGUGCUGGCAAUGGAACAGUGUCAACGUAGCUUUGGCGAUUGGCUCCACAGUAUCCUCGAGUUCAGCAAAGCUCUUCAUAUUCUCGACGUAGAUACUAGUGCUUUCGCUUGUCUGUGUGCUCUCACCCUCGUUACUGCAAGGUACGGCCUGAAGGAGCCUCAUCGCAUGGAGCAGCUGCAGUCGAAAAUAAUUUCGUCGCUUCGUGAUCACGUCACCUAUAACGCCGAGGCGCAAAGGAAAGCGCACUACCUGUCGCGAUUGUUAGGUAAAUUACCGGAACUGAGGAGUCUGUCGGUGCAGGGGCUUCAGCGCAUAUUUUAUCUAAAACUGGAGGACCUGGUCCCGGCGCCGCCCAUGAUCGAGACGAUGUUCGUCGGUAGUCUACCGUUCUAAUUCGCCUUCUCGAAGCCAAGCCUAAGGCUAUACGUAUAAUAAUAUAUUUUGUCGCGUAGAACAAUUUUAUUCACACUCGAAAUCUUGUGCGGUUGCGUCUACUAUCCGAUUACGUUUCCUUAUUUUUUGUACACGUAAUAAGUAGGUUUUAUUAUCUUCUUGCGUGUCGCCUCACAUGAUUUUCAUACAAGUGUUUCGACGGGGAGCGUGGAUUGUCCUUUAUCACGAGAGUCAGCUCGAGGAGGAGUUCGAACACGAGUCGUACGAGGACAAGUGAGCAAAGUGUCCUUUCGAAUCUGUUUAUCCUGGCCGGUUGACUCGUCGUUGUCUGGAUGUAUUAGCGAAAUAGGUGAGUGCAUGCGAUCGAGUAUCGUGCCAGCGGAUGUUGGGAGUGAAUGCACGCGCGAGUAGACGAGCCGGAAGAUGCGGUUCGACUCUAAAUUUAAGACGAAGUUCCCUCUCUGCGUGUAUGGAUGUGAGACGAGUGUAUUUGUGAUGUGUCAGCGGGCGAACGCAAUCGUCCGACCUGACAACUGUUACUAUUGUUACUACUUAGUACUGCUAAUACUAUUUUAACACUGUACGAUGUAACAACUAUUCUUGCUAUCGAAAGUACAUACGCCCAAGUAAGCGGAAGUGGACCCGUAUUACCUGGCGGAUCGUCACGGACAACGGUGAAACGCACGCAGUGAAACAAACGAUAGAUUUCUCUCUUCGCGAUGAGAUGAACGAGCAUUUUCGCUACGUGAUAGAUGACAGACGAAAAGUUGCAGGUUGAUCAUAGGGUAUCGCUAGCUGAUACUACUAAGUGCUACGCUAUUUUUCGCAAACGUGCACAAAGGAAACGAAAAAAGAAUAAGAAGAAAUAUCGUACACACUGACACGCGUAUUAUAUUAUACGUAUUUACACAUACACACGAAUUUUUAUCACUUUUCUACCUACUUUAUAUAAGUCGCUACGUCAACGAACAAAAACUACGUUUUUUUCAUCGCUCGUACUGCAUCGAUUGUCCUCGAUGAUCCACCAGACGGGGUGAAACAAACUCCUCCUCUUUCGGUGAAGGAACGUACUUACCUAUUCGUCGGAGAAAAGAAAAUGAAGCAUCGACGUUUCGCAACAUAUCAGAGCAACGACGGAAGAGCGGAAUCAAGUAGAAAAUAUCGCUGUUACGUUGCUGUAAUUAACAGGUAUUAUAUAUUCCCUAUCCCAAUUAUUUCCCUCAUACCGAAUAAAUUUCGCUCUUCCGUGUUGACAGUUUAGAUGUACGUUAAAUCGUGACUGUGAUCACACUCGAACGUCGCGAUGAUGCUAAAGAGAAUUAUUAGUAGAAUUCUCUGUUUCCCGACUACUCAAUUUCCUGUGUUCGUAUUCGUUCGGAACACCUCGUGUCCCUUAGCUUGCCAGUUUCGCCUGUCCGACGCUAAUCGGUGAUCUGUCCUCCCUACCUGAUCCUCGAUCGCAUGGGAAUUUAGUAUCAUUGAAAACGUGUGAGUGUCUUCCAAGUCACGGGAUGGGGGCCCGACCGGCCCCAAAUAAUUACCACUAUUCUUGCGUUAAUGUGAUUUUAGACAGCUAAGGGAGAAGAAGAUUGAAAUAGGACCCGGACGUAGCCGAUCAGCUGUGUGACAAAGGUAAAUGAUUAAGGGAACAGCACGGGUGCAUUGUAAUUUUGACUCGCCAUUCGAUCAGCAGUGGCUUCGUUACGGGUCCGAGAUAAAGUUACCUAUUACUUUAUGACAUUUAUUUUUAAUCAAACUAACGUAGAAAGUCCUAUUUAUACGUAUAUCGCGCCGCUACUUAUACAAUUACUUGCUACUUACUACUUUAUUACUCAACUACUACUUACCGCUAGCGUUACGAUAUUAUGGCGUUAUUGUUGCUACUACCGCUGUUACCAUCCGCUACCAUCUUACAACCAUCUUGUGUUACCAUUACUUGCUAAAUACGUAAGAAACACCGUCGACGUUAAGCACUCUUUGCCACUGCAAUACAUCACCUGGGAUCGCCCCUAUCCCCCUUCCCCUCCCCCCAUCCACCAGUCCCUCCCCACGAAUCUAGAGAUACAUAUUAUCAACCCUGGAUUGCAGUGUCGCACAAUUCAAGGAAACCCAAUGAUCUUCGAUUCAUCUUGGAGACGAUUCUCGCCAAGAAAUCGUCGAUCUCAUUGUCAGUCGAAUCGAUGUACCUUUAACCGCUCGGCAAUAAUACCUUCCUCUUUUUUCGUGUAUAUUAGCUGUCAAUGUAAGAGUAUAGUCCAGUAAACCGAUCCAACCGACGCAGCGUUUCUAGUGCGCGAUAUUUAGUACACCUAAUCUGAUAAAGGCGCGUUCCCUUACUUAACUUUGUGAAGAGGCAAAAAUCACGAUUAAAAAAAAUAAUAAUAAUAAUAAUAAUAAUACAUGUAUGUGCACAAUAGGUAUAAAAGUAACUACGUGUGUAUACGUUAUUCUCUAAUCGUGUAUCCGCAAAUGUUCGACGCUUGGUAAGGAAAUAGAUUUUUCCUUCCGUUUCGAUCUCUGCGCAGUCAUGAUUCUUUUGGAAAAUCGAGUUUCGUACUUAAGUAAAUUCUUUACUUUCCCAGUGUUUUUAUUUCAUCUCACUUACUAUUCGGUACUGUCUUUCUUGCGUUAGAGUUAGGCACUGAUUGCUAAUCGCUUAUGCAAGAGCUUUCCAUUUAGCGAUCUCUCGUUGUGAAAGAAUACACGAAGAAAAGGGUAAUUGAACGUCGAGCUCCAUUCAACGGCGUUUGAGCAGAUCGUGAUUUUUAAUUUUUUAACGAAACAAGCUCGUAAGUUUAAGUUCCUUCGCGAGCGACAACACUUUUCUUCGUGUAAACGCAUCUCAUUGGCAUUGGUCGCGUGUGUGGAAACGUUUGCGGAUGGAUACGAUCGCAGGUGAAACGAGAACAAAACAUGCCCGGCAAGAAAGCAAGGUACAAGUAUCCGAAAAGAGAACGCAACGUAUAUGCGUUAUUUUCUGGAUAGAGAAAAUAGAAUAAGGUGGCAAAAACGAAUGGUUUUCAAUUCCCUUAACGCGUACAAAUAAUUCGACCAGAUAUAAAAAAGAAAGAAUUUUUCUAUGAAGGAGCAGUUAUCGCUGUUCUAACAAUGUUAAUAUAAUUAAAUUAUGUGACGUGGGAAAACCGUUUGUUUUUCACGUGUGUACAAAAUGCAUCGAGUCCAGGAGAGAUUUAGAGGCUGAAAGGGAUUCGUCAAAUUAAACGGUGCUAUUAGACUAAUUGUUACUAACGAGCAUUAUAAGAAUUUAUAAGUUCUUACAUCUCUUAUUUGCUGCUAAAGAUACGGACGAGGGGAAGGAUACUUUUGUUCCUAUUACUUAAGGAAAUUGAAAGGAGCGUUGCGACCGGUUUCUAAUCCCCUAUUGGAGUGGAAACAAUUUAACUCGUGAUUGACGUAUUCCGGUUACGAUUCCAGCAGAUCUUUCCUGGAUUCAACGCCAGUUUAGCGUUGUAUUGUUUUUUACGAUGCUACUAUAUGUAAUUUGCACACGCGCACUGCCCGAUUCAGGGUAGAGGGUGUCGAAUAAAGAAAGAUAGAGAAAAUACGAGUUAAGAAAAUUCUAGGUGAAAAAAAGACAACAGUGAUACAAGAACGAAGCAGGAUGAACAGGUAGAGUGGAAUCUCGGAUCGUUCGAACGUAGAAAUAUCGCGAAUGAAGAACGGGAUCGUCCGAAGUACUGUUGUUAACAAAUUGAUUGAUUGUCAUUAUUGUAAAGAUGAAUAACGAAUACUACGUUAGGUGUACUUCAUCCUUUUCCCUCGAUGUAACAAUAAAUGUUCAAUCAACGGAUAAUUUCAUUUUUUGUUUUCAAUUCGAUCAUUUAUUAUUUUUUUGGAAAAAUAAAAUUGAAUGUUGCAAUGUGGUACGUUCAAUUCUCCAUGAGCGUCGGUACGGAGUUUGAAAUUGAAACUCGUUCCCUUUCCGUCCAAACUAUUAAUAAGAUAAUAACAUUGCCGCCACUG